GUGCAACAGUCAUCCGUGCCAAAAUGGCGGGAAAUGUGYCGUCAUGGUGGGAGCAAKUGACUUUACUUGCACCUGUACAACACGGUUUACUGGAAGAUUCUGCGAAUUAGAUAACUGCACCAAAAUCAAUACCAAUCCUGUUGGUUUUGGGGCCCGUGAUAACAGAUACGGCUCAUUUUCCGUCCAGCGGACUGGUGUGUGUAUCCAAAUCAAGCUGGUCCACCGAUGGGGUUUCUUGACAUGCAAUACGAGUGAUCCAAAUGGAAAGAAUUACUGGGGAUGCUUUGAAAAUGGGCAUCACGCAUWCCUGUCCGUGGUUAUCACCGAUAAUGGUAACAAAGUUCUACUACCGAGUUCAUUCCCCUUUCCAGGSACGCAUGCGUAUAACCUCCCAGGUGUGACUGCAUUAUCUAAGGAGCUGGUCUUUCCAGAAGUACCYGGACUGUUUCCCGUCACGUCUGGCCAAAACUACCGUAUUUGGUUUGGUCAAGACUUAGAUGACUUUUCAGAGUCCGACAAUUAUGGGUCUACCUAUGCUGACGUUUACUGCCUUUAUCAAUGAGCAAGAUGUCACUUGAUCGUAUCUUUCGGGUUCUAAAGAAAAACGUUUGUGCAUGCGCGCGUUCCAAUAGUUUUUCAAUAUCGUUCCCAGACCCUUAUUUCAUACUGCGCAUGCUCGACGAAAUAAUUCGACAAUUACUGAUUCAAGUGCAUAUAAGUGAGAAU